AUCAUGUACGACCAACUUUGAUAUUGGACGUAGUCGUCAUUUGUGCGUGUGAAACCAUCGAAGUUUAUGUCGAAUAUACCUAGGAUAAUUUCCGAAUUUGAUGUAGAGAUUAGUCUAAAACUUUCAUGAUUACUAACAUGUAGUUCGCAUCUUCUAAAACUUCUUAAUUUCUGGGAAAUAAGGAUAUUUUGAAAUAGGUCAAAAUCAUGUGACGCGUAUUGACCAAUGAAAUUGUCGCAUUUUCAAUUUUGGGUAUAUAAACUAUUUAGUCGCCGGGAUGGUUGGUAAUGUUAUUGACGGAUGAUAAUGGAGCCUUGCUGAAUCUAGCGGAUAGAAUGGUCUUGAAGAGCCAUCCGACACUGCAAAGGUUUCAGCAGAAUGCCCCGGCCAACAGUUCAGGAUAGAUGAUUUUACAAUUUUCCACAAGCCUUAUUUGACUUGUGAUGACUGGGAAAGUAAAAGUUUCCCAGGAGGAAUUUAGUGUUCCUGACAGUUCCCAUUGUCUGACAGGAAGAUAAUGCAGACAGACAUGACUAGGGAAGGAGGCGACUCCAUUCUUAGCCCUGGCAGGCACAACUCUGCCAGUGAAUAUAAUUACACAAGUGAUUCAGAAAGGUCCACGGACAUCAAGAUGGAAAACAACUUGAAUGAUUCCGACUUGAAUGAUGGGGCAUCACCAAGUUCUGUAAACCAGAAUUCCACCAGUAACGGACGUAGUACCAAUCAACUGCAAUAUCUUCAAAAGUCAGUCAUGAAAGCUCUGUGGCGACACCAGUAUGCUUGGCCAUUCCAUAAACCUGUAGAUGCAGACUCCUUAAACUUGCCAGAUUACUACAAAAUAAUCAAACAUCCUAUGGAUCUAGGAUCUAUCAAGAAGAGACUGGAAACCAAUUAUUACUUCUCUGCCACAGAAUGCAUACAAGACUUUAACCAGAUGUUUACAAAUUGUUACAUUUACAACAAACCUGGAGAGGAUAUUGUACUCAUGGCUCAAGUGCUAGAAAAAGUUUUUCUGCAGAAGGUUGCUCAGAUGCCCUCUGAAGAUUCGGCCAUUUCUACUGUACUCUGCUACCCAAAGCUUUCCAGUCCGCCAUCUUCUUUUGAAAGCCCCGUAUGUAAUGAAAAAGAAAUUCUCCCUCAAGCAAGAAAAACUCCCAAAUCUGCCAAACUGUCUGGUGCUACAGCCAGCAAAGCUCUCAAUGCCAAGCCUGUUGAUGCUGAACCAGCUAAACCUGUACCCCCACCUCCUUUACCCACCCCUUCAUCUACUCUUCAGCCAACUACUGCAGCUGUGGCCCCAUCAUCCACAACGGCUGUCACUGCAGCACCAGCAUCAAUCUCAUCAACAACAACCACAUCAACCAAUACUGUCAUGGAAUCAACGCAAUUCAAUACAACACACGAUGCCAUAGAGCCAGCAAUUGUUCCCCCAUCACAACCAAUCAAGACAAAGAGAGGAGUAAAGCGGAAAGCUGAUACAACAACCCCUGUUGUGUCAUCCUCACCUUAUGAUCCUGUAUUUGAUCCAAGUCCCAAAGUAGAAAAACUGGUUUCUCCAAAGGUUACUCCUGCAAAGGUCUUGUCUGCAAAGGUCCUCCCAGCAAAGGUCCUCCCAGCAAAGGUUACUCCUGCAAGGAGGGAAAGCAAUAGGCAAAUAAAAAAACCGAAACGAGAUUUACCUUCAGAAGAGCCAGUAGGAGAACAGCAGGCACAACACAACAUGAAGAAUAAGAAAGGGAAGCUCUCUCCACAGUUGAAGUAUUGCAGUAAUUUUGUCAAGGAAUUGUUUGCUAAAAAGCAUGCUAGUUAUGCUUGGCCAUUUUAUAAGCCAGUGGAUGCCACACUUCUGGGUCUACAUGAUUACCAUGAAAUUAUUAAAAAGCCUAUGGACCUAGGCUCCAUUAAAAGAAAGCUAGAAACAAGAGAGUACUCGUGUCCUUCUGAGUUUGCUGAGGAUUUGCGGUUAAUUUUCACAAACUGUUAUCGUUACAACCCCCCAGAUAGUGAUGUAGUAAUGAUGGCAAAGAAGCUACAGGAUGUUUUUGAAAUGAGAUAUGCAAAAAUGCCUGAACUUCCUGACCUGCCAGAAAUGGCAGGAAACGGGGGAUUAAAGAGUGAUAGUGAAAGUUCAUCUGCAGAGGAAUCUCCUACAGAUGAUGAUGAUGACAGUGAAGAUGAGCGAGAGCAGAAGAUCAAGGAACUGCAGGAAACGAUGAAGCAUAUACAAGAACAGUUGCAACAGUUAACAGAAGAACAUAUGCAAAAAUUAAAACAAAAGACUGAAAGACGUGAAAGAAAGGAGAAAAGACUUGUGAAAAAGAAAUCUAAAGUCAAAGAUGAUGUGAAAGACAAAGUGAUAGAACCUUUAAAUGUGCCAUCUCAGCCUCAACUUGUGCAAUUGCCGGCUGCAGACACCUCUAAGCCUGCUAAAACUGUUAAGUCAAAGGCAAAUAAACAAAAAUCGCCUUCUGAAUCUAAACGCAAACGAGCAGGUCGCUCUCAAAGUAGUUCCAAGAAAAAUAAAAGUGCAACAGUGGCUGUGUCUCAGUUACAACCACCACCUCCAGCAUUUGACAGUGAUGAUGAGGACAAUGCAAAGCCAAUGACCUAUGAUGAAAAGCGGCAGUUAAGUUUGGAUAUAAAUAAGUUGCCUGGGGACAAAUUAGGAAGAGUAGUGUAUAUAAUACAAUCCAGAGAACCGUCCUUACGAGAUUCCAAUCCAGAUGAAAUAGAAAUAGACUUUGAAACUUUAAAACCUUCAACAUUACGGGAAUUAGAAGCUUAUGUGAUGUCUUGUUUAAAAAAGAAAACAAGAAAAACGUAUACAAAAAAAGGAGCUGGUAAGUCACGUGAAGAAGCCCAGAGUGAAAAGAAAAAGGAGUUGGAAAAGCGGUUGCAGGAUGUACAGGGUCAGUUAGGAGGAUCGCACAAGAAAACUGGUAGCAAAAAAGAUGAUGGCAAUGCAGCAGAUGGUGGGGCCAGUCGCUUGAGUGCCAGCAGCAGUAGUUCGUCCGGCAGUGACUCCAGUAGUGACAGUAGCUCUUCCAGUUCUUCCGAUUCCAGCGACUCUGAGUCAGGAUCACCAAUGAAGAAGGCAAAGGGUCAUGCGAAAAGAGGUGGAACUCCAAAGCAAGGCAGAGGGAAAUUCAAUAAACGACAGAUGCCACCAGCUGCUUCUGGACCCAUGUCACCGCCAGUGAAGAUUACAAUUGGAGCUGGGAUGAUGUCGCCCAAGCAACCACAGCAACUGCAGUCUCCACCUCCUUUGGUGCAGACACGCCAAACACUGCCUCCAGCGAUUCCUCCAGGACAGCAAUCCAUUCCCCAAAACGACCAUUUUUCUUCCCUUCCUGCAGACACCAGUUAUGGACAGAUGCCUCCAAGAAUGGGAAUGAAGUCUGAUCCCCUUCAGCUACCAGCUUAUCCUCCCUCCACACAGCAUCAUAUGGUUCAUCAGCCACAACCACCUCAUGUACAGCCCACAUCCGUGGUGGGCCAGCCAAUGUCUGUCAUACAACAGAAACCAGCUUCCCCUGGCAGAGUGCCCCCACCAUCGAGACCUGUGACUCAUUCACUACCACAACAGCCUAGUCGACCUAGUGCCAUGGCCACAGCAAAGCCACCAUCAAGGCCUAUAGCCUCCAAGCCAGUCUCAAUAUCAAACCAUAUUGGAAUAUCUUCUCGGCCAUCGCCUUUACAGUCACCCCCCAUUAUUGUGAGCUCCCCUGUCAAGACAUACCCUGACACCAAGCCUCUGUCUCCUCCAGUUUUAAUAGAACGGUCACAAUCUAGAGGAUCGGAACAGAUGGCACGUUUUUUCCUCAGUGACGAAGAUUCAAGUAACAGUCCCAAGCACAGUCCACCAAAGAAUGUUCCCCCAGCACCUCCAGGAGCAACUAUCUCUGCAAGUGGCGUGGGUAUAUCGUUCGGAGUGGGCAGCAAUAACACAAUGCCAGGUGGAGGCGAUCCUGGCCGUAAGCCAGACAAAAACAUGCUCUCUCAGGUUAAAAAGGACCAGUUUAAACUCAAGAAUGCUGGGUCUUGGACCAGCCUAGCCAACAUGGGAGCCACAACAUCCUCCUCUAAGAAGCACACAUCUCAGAGCUUUGAGAUAUUCAAAAAACAAGCCAAAGAAAAGGAAGAAAGGGAACGAGCAUUUAAAGAGCAAGCAGAACAAAUAAAAAUUCAGAAAAUCAAUGCUGAGAAGGAACGUCAUCGACAGGAACAAGAGAAAAUAAGAGAAAGAGAGGAAGAUGAUGCUUUGGCACAUGCAAGGCGAGCUCAAGCUCUGCACGAGGAAGUACUCAAACAGAAAGAAGCAGAGCGCAAUGCAGCAAAACAAAGGGAACGCAUGAAGGAGCAGGAAAGGCGAAGAAGAGAGGCUAUGGCACAUAGGAUAGAUAUGAAUGCACAGAGUGAGCUAAUGGCAUCAUUUGAGGAAAUGCUGUGAGGAUGGCUGUUGGCAUAGAUAUUGACAAUAAUAUGAGCUGCUGAGAUCAUCAAGACUCAUUUUUAAGCUUAAAAAUGUUAACACAUUGAAAGCAGAUAUUGGUUGCUCUUCCUGUUAAACCAGUGGCGUCUAUAGUGUAGUUCAUGAAGACAGUACUUUAAUGUUGUGCAGUUUUACUGGAUCUAACACUGCCCCUCCCCUGAUGGCUCUGACAUUGGCAACUAUGGACAUCGACUCAAUUAAUCUGAUGCCAUUGAAUGUAAUACAGAGAAAGAUGUGAUAUCCAGUAUUAAAUGAGUAUCAUGAUGGCACAAACAGGCACCGUCUGUUGCAGAAGCAAUAUUGAACGGCUGUGUGUAAAACUGAAGUUUCUCUGUGAAACAAGACUGAAUCUGUUAGUGUAGAAAAGAAGUCUGCAGUUGAAAUUUUGCUUGUCUGUUCAUUGACAAGGACAGAAUAUUGUUAUGCUGCAGAACAGACGUAGAUGAUUUUAUCGUCUUUUAAUUAAGACAACUUGUAAAUCUGACGCUGUAUAUAUGAGUGGAACGUUUGGUGAGGAUGGUACUGGACACUGCUAAUAGUAUAGUGAUGUGGUUGGUUGAGACUAGAUAGAUAUCAAGAAUGGUGCUUUUAUAACCUGGUUCAGUCUAAACUUCAUUCAGUGUAAUUACACAUGUUGUAUGUAAUGGAAGGUAAAAAGUCUUUAAACUAUUAUAGCUGCGAGACUUGUGUCGUAAACUUUGUAUGUCCUUUAUUGUAUAUUUUCAUUUGGAAGCUUAAAGCGACACAACUUCCUACCUGUAACAAACAUGACUUUGUCUUGUGUAUGAAAUACAUUUGAAGGCGUUCAUGUUAUAAAUAAGGAAGCUGUCACUUGUAUGAUAUAAAUGAUAUUUAAAUGUAAUCUCUGGGAAGGGCACCUUGCCAUCAUGUUACAUAAAUGAAGCAACAAUUACGCAUACUCUGUUCCCAAAACAAACAAAAAAAUGUUAAAUGUUGUGCGUUCUUAAAUCCAAUAGUCAUGAACUGUUAAUCUGGUCACCAACAUUCCGAAGAAAAGAAAAUCUGGAAGAAAAUGAUGGGAAUGGGCUUGUUUUGGGAACAAAUCCAUGACCCAGAGUCAUUAAUCAGGGAGAUAUAUAAUCCAGAUUUUGUUUGGAAUGUAGAAGUGUUCAAAUUAAUGAGUGCAGACUGUACUGUAGGUUUUCAAAAUUUAUAUUUGGUGUAAAUUUUAAAUGUUGUCAUCAAGUUUUGUAUGUGUAUGUAUGGUAGAUGGAUGGCUGGGUCAUUGAGCAUAAGUGGGAACAGGAAUUUCCUCUGGUUCAGGAAACUUGUUAAAAGAUAUCGUAUACGAUCACAUUGAUUAAUUAGGUUGUUAAACUUGAAUCAUUUGAAUUUUUGAAAAUUGACAUGAUUGAAAUAAAAAUCUCCAGAGAGAGAUGUAUAUGUACAGAUAAAUAAAAGUAAUAUAUGAAAUCUUGACCUUUGAGAAUUGUUGUGUAAUUUGUAGUAGUUCUUGUUAUUCCUUCUUAUUUUUAAAGCCAAAAUUCUGUUUUUAGAACUAGUGGUGGCACAUACACUAUAAAUUCUCUUCAAAGAUUUGUUUUUAUCUCCAAUGUCAAUUUGCAAUCAGUUUUGAGAAAUUCAGUUAAUUCUUGAAAGCAAUUCAGCAUUUUUAUGGUUUGCAUCUAAACUAAAUCAUUACAGUAUAAAUAAUACUUAUGAGUAGUGUGAAUUAGGAUUGUUCCGGAAUUAUCAUAUAGGGAAGGAGGCACUUUUGGGAGGCUGCACCACUCAUCAAAUGUUAAAUUGGGGUGAAAUAUAUGUAUGGAAUGGUAUAAGCAGGCCUUGAUUUAACACCUCCACAUCUAAUAAUACAAGUGCCUCCCACAUCCCCAUACAAUUAAUUCAUGGAAUAGCCUUAAUACUAAAACUGAAAAUCUGCAACAGUAACAUAAUCCCUGCAAGUUUCUGUUUAAACUGUAUCAUGUCUCCAUUCAAACUUGGUCCGUUCUAUCAUUCAAUGAAAUGAAAGUGUAGAUAUUUCAUGGUUUGGUUUUAACACUUGGCUACACUGCUUUAUACUAGUACUUUUUCAUAUAAUGCAAGUUGCUGGAAUGGGAGUAGAGAGUCGUCAUUCAUUCAAGAUUGUUGCACAUUUGGAGAUUUGCUUUUUCCUUUUGUACUUUAUAGCAACAUUUUCAUGCUUUCAUUCGUUUCUCUUUUAUUUUUGUAACAAUGACAUCAUUUCACAUACGAGUUGUGGCUUUAUUAUGUCCAGUAUGACUGUUUUUUCAUAGCUGUAAUGUAAAUAUCUCAUAACAUCUUUAUAGUAUCGAAAGAAAUCAUAUACAUAGAAAUAGGUGUAAGUGAAUUGCAAAGGUGCAGUACAUUUUGUUUGUGUAAUUUAUUCCAAUAUAUGUUUUGAUAGCAGCUGAUUGUACAUACCCAUAUCAUUCUUCCUCGCCAAUGGUCAGGUAAGACCCGUUCCAUUUGAGUCCCACACAUGUUGGUAAGUGGAAGUUCAUCAUCACGCAGAGUGCAUCCAUUUCCACUUGCCUUGAGCAUAAUAAUGUAAGAUUACAUGUAUUGAGUGAUUCUGUCACUAUCAGAAUGUAUUAUUGUGGUACAUUGACUUAUUUUUCGUAGCAUUAUAUGUACUAUAGUUAAAAUCACCCUGUAGUAUCAAAACCCAUGUGCAAUGAAAAAAAUGUCUAUGAAUCUGAAUUUUCAGCUCAAUUAUUGAAAUUUUGAACCCUUGUAGUAGAGUCUUAUCAACUUUGUCAUGAGGACGUUUUUAAACAAUUAUAUUUUCAAAUAUAGACUAAGAAUCAAUUCAUUUUUUUUUUUAGUAAAUAACAUUGAAAAUUAAAUCUCAAUAUGCAGUCUCGAUCAUUUCUUCUCGUAUUAGUUUUGUAUUUAAUAACUUUGCCUACCAAAGAUGUUUUCAAGCUACUCUAUUAGAUGUUAUAUUAUGGAAUAUAUUGGUCAAUUGAGUCUUAUUUCUGAUUUAUUGUAGGCUGUGAUUGACAUCUGUAAAAGAAUAUAUUUGAAAAUGUUUUUCUAUUGUAUUAUUAUUUUUUAUUCAAGAACUGACCGUAAUUAUUUGAAGACUUGUUCCUCUAAAAAUGUUUUCCUUUAACUGGUUGGACCAGCCUGUAUCUACAUUUGGUAUCCAUAUACUCUCAUGGAUUUUGGAUUUUAGAUUAACUUAGUACCGGCUGUUGAUAGUCUGUUUCAACUUGAUAAUGGAAAGGAAACCAAUACUCCACUGGUAUAUCAUGUGAAAACGGAACCUUGCAGGGUUAUAACGGUCAGUCCCUCACAGUUGUUGUCAUGUGUAGUGCAAACUUCUCUAGUUUAUAACUACAUCUUCAGUAGCAAGAUUGUGUUUUCUAUAACUUUGUAUUCUUGUGUGUUCUGUCAAGGCAGAAUUGUGUAAAAUGACAGUCUUGUGUAUCAUAUGCUGUUGAUUGUUUUGCUGCAGCUUGUAAUCUCAAAUCGUUGAUCACUUUAAUCAAUUAUCAUGUCAAUAUUACAUGAAAAAAUAAAGUACUUCAAGACCUAUGA